AUGAAGCUGUUGAAGUUUCCAUGGCUUGUACUAAUCAACAUUGUGAAGUUUAUGGAUUCAGUCGACUUAGUCAACCUUUCCUCUACCAACCGUAGACUUCGAGAGCAAUACAUCAACAAAAUCAGACCCGGAGGAAUUGGGAUUUUAUUCGGUAGCAUAUCAGCCUGUAUCAAGAUUGGAGAAUUCGUUAUCGUCUUUGAGAAAUAUGGUAGCUAUAAAGAAACCGUCCCAAAGGAAGUUAGGACUAUCGGGCCAAUCACUAUUGAUGCUGUCUGUUUGCCUCCCAAAGAGAACAAACGUUGGCAAACAGUGGUCGAAGACGUUUACACACCCUGUUUGACACUGGCUCAGCAUAUCAAGACCAUUUUCCCAGAAGCUGAACUGAAUUUUUUCCGGUGCGAACAUGAGUGUGAUGCCGGCACUCUCCAACUACUUGCAUCAUGGGAUCUGAAUAUGUUCAAGGAAAAGAGAUUUGAAUUCCACGUCAAUUCCAAUGAAAACAUUAAAAAUCUUGCAAAUCAGUAUUGCAAGAGCAAUCAACUGUCUGUGAUCGGUUUACACUAUGAGGGUUUCCAUAUUGUCACACGAACGAAGAGUUUUCGGAACAACGAGGAAAAUGAAUUACCUGUGGAUAGUAAAUUCUGGUUUAGUCACUGUAAGCAAUUGGAUCGUUUAAUCAACUACAUCCUUGUCUGCGUUCUCAAAGUUCGACUCGAAGCGUGGCGUCACCUUAUCAAGAAAUGGAUUGAAGGAAAACUGAAUAAGCUUGUUUUCGUGCGUGCAAGUCGAGUAACCAGCUUGAAUAUGCUAGAGCUCACGGAAGGAUUUUCAACUCAUCCAUGGAACGACGAAGAAAUGAUCCAGUUCAAAGCACGAACCGAUUUCUCAGUUUACUUUGAGCAAAAGGGGACAAUCAUUUGCAGUAGGAAAAAUAGGAAGGCGUCCCUACAUUUUGAUCAAAAUAAUUCAAUCUUCACUAUGGUCGUUUGGGACACACAAGCCUCUGAAAGAUGUCUUUCUUUGUUCCCGGAGAUUCGAACCCUUUUCUGA